UUGCCAUUGGUUGUGUGUGUGGCUGAGUCAGUAUAACGUAUAUAGAAACACAACCAUUGGUGUGAUUAGGUUCUGUAAUAGAUUUUAAGGGAAUCUACAUAAGAGAUUCAUAACGUGAAGCAAUCUCCAAUUCGAUUGCAUCAUCAUCGAGUCUCUAUCUAUAUAUGCAUUAUUGUUUCGCCUCUGUAAGCGGAGAUGGCGAGUAUUCGUUGCGGCGGAGGAGGAGGAGGACGCGCAUGUGCCGUUCGUUCUGAUCGGCGAACUUUCACCGUUCGAUCAUCAUGUGUGGUUCCGGUGCUUAAUCGACGGAACUGGGCUGAUACGGGGAAAGUUUCGAUGACGGCGGCGGAUAUGGCGCCGGUGAAGAUCGGUGAAAGGAAACGCGGCGGAUCGGUUGUGUCGAGAGAAAGGAUCGAGCAGUGGCUGAGAGAUUCAGUUGUUGAGAUCGUGAAGAAUCUGAGAGAGUCGCCGUUGCUGGUGCACUUAUACGCGGAGGCGAACGGAGGCUUGAGUACGACGGCGAAGAAUCCGGAGGCGGAGGAUUGGAAGGCGAUGGUGGGAAGGUGGGGUAGAGGAGAGGAAAGGACGCCGGAGGGAGUGAUCUUCGUGGAGAAGCUAGCUGACGAUGAAGGAGAUGAUGAUCACGGUGGAUACAACGGUGGAGAAGGUGCAACAAGUGCUUGGGGGAUAGUGGCCCAGGGAAGAGGAACGGAUUGUGGACCGGUUUGCUACCUGUUGAAAACGACCCGGGUUGGGUCGGGUAUGGGGACGGUUUGCACACAUUUUUGCUUGGUGAAGGUGAAGAGUUUUAGGGAGACGGCUAUGUUACAGUUGAAUAACUCUUGGUUGGUGCAGACUGGUCAAUGAAUUCAAAGUAUAGGUUUAAUGGUUCCUUAUUUAAAGGCUAAUAAGGGAUGGAUUGAUCGUGUAAUUAUUCUCUUUGGGUUUGAAUUAUAAAAACCCUUAUUGAUGAUCAAAGUACCUUUGUUAUUGUUACAGGCAUAUACAUUCAUCUUUCAACAU